AUGGUGAAUAAGGGACUCAUUAUUUUUGUCGCUUUCGCCGCAUUCACAUUUGCCAGCGAGAUUGAAGAUGCCGAACAGAAAAAGCGGGGAGCGGGAAAAGCCAAUGCAUUGAACGCAAUCCCAACGGGGGCUCAAAAGACUGAUUAUAAUUACAAUAUCUAUCCCAGCGGCCAAAACCCAAGUCAAACUUAUCAAAGCCAAGUACCAAAUUCUUUUUAUCCUAGUCAGACUGCAAGCCAGUACUAUUCAUCUUCAAAUGCUCCUGAAUCAUCUAUCUCCAAUGCCCAACACACACAGGUGUCAUCUCCAACGACUCAAUCACAAUUUGUUCCCAUUAAUUUCGUCCCCAACCCAGGUUAUCAAUCUAAAUACCAACUUCUACCACAAAAGUCAAAUGGCAAUGUCCAGUUAGCCAUUAUACAACAGCCUACGAUUUCACCAGCACCAAUGAUACAGUACCCUCAUUCCUUUUUCGCGCCAAACCCUGCAAGCCACAUCGGUCAAAGUACAUUAUUUGGACCUCUUGGUCAAGGACAUUUUAGUUUUGCUCCAAGUUACCAACCAUUACAAUUUAGCAGCCAUUUUCUGAGUCAACCUUCUGGAAUGGUGGUUCUGCCACAAUCUCAUCCAACUUUGUAUAAUAAUUUAGUGUAUCCUAACCCCACUCAGAGCUUUUACAACUAUUAUCCUUCAUCUUCUCAAGCGAAGUAUAGUUAUGCAUCUGGUGCGUCACCCUCGAAUGAAUACGAAAAGCUGCAAUCUUCAGUUCCACAAAGUUCUCCAAAAGAAGAUACCGGCAAUUACGUGCAGAGUGCUGACUAUGUGACGUCAUCAGAUUCAAAUACAGGUUAUAAGAGUGCGUAUAAUACUCGCACUUCUUAUUCAAAAAUUUAAAGAUAAUAAUUUUUCAAUACCAAAUGUUACCAUUUAUUGUUGCCAUUUAUGAAUAUAAAUCAAAUUAUUUAUUAGAUAA